AUGGAGAGUAAGCAGUUCAUUCAGGCUCAAGAUGUUUUCCGUCAGGCGAUGAAAUCUCCCAGCGUGCUCCUCCAUGUGCUUCCACCUCAAAACCGUGAACAGUAUGAAAAAUCAGUCAUUGGACCACUUAACAUUUUUGGUAACAAUGAUGGUGUUUUGAGAACAAAGCUGCCGCCUCCUGUCCACGGGAUAUCAGGAAUAAAAAGCAUAAAUCUCACAGGAACAGGUAGUCCUGAAGAAGAUGCAUUGACCUCUCUGCAACAAAGCAAGAGCCCCCGGGUGCCAAGACUGGGUAGAAAGCCAUCCUCUCCCUCACUCUCCCCUCUCAUGGGGUUUGGCAGCAAGAAGAAUGCAAAGAAAAUUAAGAUUGACCUAAAGAAAGGCCCUGAAGGACUGGGUUUCACUGUGGUUACCAGAGACUCUUCCAUACAUGGGCCUGGUCCCAUUUUUGUAAAAAACAUUUUACCAAAGGGAGCAGCAAUAAAAGAUGGCCGCCUACAAUCAGGGGACAGAAUUUUGGAGAAAGGAGAACCUGAUUGCUAUGCACUCUCACUGGAAACAACUGAGCAACUCACCUUCGAGAUCCCCCUGAAUGAUUCAGGUUCUGCUGGUCUUGGCGUGAGCUUGAAAGGGAACAAAUCUCGAGAAACUGGAACGGACUUGGGAAUUUUUAUCAAAUCCAUCAUCCAUGGAGGUGCUGCUUUCAAGGAAAUUGAAGCACAGAGAGGUUCAGUGCUGGGUGUAGGCCCCACAGCUAGUCAGGGGCAGAGCCGGGAUUUAGAACUAAGCAGCACUGCUUUGGCAUCUGGGCUCUUGAGCUCUGUGCUCUGCUGCCUGAUGCGGGUACUUCCCUCUGGGGUGGAUUCAGCAGUAUAUUUUCCAGAUCAGCACAUGCACUUCAGAUCUGUGACACCGGCCAGGCAGCCUGAAUCGAUGAAUCUGAAAGCCUCCAAGAGCAUGGACCUUGUGCCAGAUGAAAGCAAAGUCCACUCAUUGGCUGCUCACAAAUCGGAAUCUCCAAGCAAAGAUUUUGGUCCAACCCUGGGUUUGAAAAAGUCCAGUUCCUUGGAGAGCCUCCAGACUGCGGUUGCUGAGGUCAGGAAGAACGAACUUCCCUUCCACAGGCCCCGGCCGCACAUGGUUCGCGGCCGAGGCUGCAACGAGAGUUUCCGGGCAGCCAUUGACAAAUCCUAUGAUGGACCCGAAGAGCUAGAAGCUGACCGUCUGUCUGAUAAGAGCUCUCACUCUGGCCAAGGAGCUCUGAAUUGUGAAUCUACCCCUCAGGGCAACUUGGAGCUGGAGGACGCGGAACAGAAAGCCAGGAAAAUCAAAAAACCCAAAGAGAAGGACAAGAAGAAGGACAAGGGCAAACUGAAAGUCAAGGAGAAAAAGCUGAAAGAAGAAAAUGAAGACCCAGAGAGGAAAAUCAAGAAGAAAGGAUUCGGUGCCAUGCUGAGGUAUGGGUGUGCUGUGAAGGCCCAGUGGGCUUUGUCUUGCUUUUUGGUUUCUCCUGGUGAAAUCACUCCUCUGUGUGUAGCCAGAAAACAAUGGCAAGCUUUCCCUCCUUUUUAG